GGAGGGGGGGCAAACUGGCGGUAAGUCGUUUACUCCGCUCGUCUCCUCGUCUCCUCGUCUCCUCAAGCCCUUGAGCCGCAACAGGCCUCGUCCCAGAGGCAGUCAGCAACCCCCAAGACUAUCUGCGCAUCCCAGGAUUUCCCAGCGUCAUGAGAACCAGUCUGCAUGCGCCUCGGCCCUACUCCCAUCCCUUCUCCCCACGCGUAUUCGUACAAUCCAGUACGAAUAAUAACCACCCUGACCCCCAGGAAGACGGCCUGGCAUAAACUGUGCAUGCUACUACCCACGCUGCUGCCCCCCAGAGCCUGCGGGGGGAUCGACGGCACGCCGGAGGGCAGCCAUCCCAGCCCAGCGUGCCGGGAAACAACACAAACGAAAAUAAAAAUGAAAUAAAACAAAAGCAGGCAGCGCUGAACACUCAAAAACGCGAAACGCCACGGGCGGUCU